GUACCUGAUGUUCAGUUGCUAGCGGUUAUUUAUUGAACAACAAACUAAAUGAGAUACUCUCUUCUCGGAUUCCCUUCCUCAUAAUAACCGCGCCGCCACUUUCUGUCGAGCAGAAUGAAACGCUCACAGUCCAGAGCCCUGUCGCCGACGCCCAUUGCCUUUUCGGGCAUUUCCAACUAUCGUACGGAUUCGUAUAGACCAUUCAGCAAAAAUGCUCCUCCUGUACCUCAGAUCGACUAUCGCUCCAUAUCCAAGAUCCAUUUCGAUGAACUAAGCCAGUAUCUUGCGGCCUAUCUUGCCCGAUCCCUUCCCAAUUCCCGCUUAACCGCAAGACAAAAGCUCACCCGACUUACCAUUCAACAAUUCCACGAAUUAUCCAUCGACGUUUAUGAUGAACUUAUCCGCAGAAAGAGCGACAAAGAAGUGCCUUUCCUUCCAGUGAGAGAAGAAUUUCAUCCAAAACGUAACCAGGCUCGACAGAAGCUGGCCACGCUUCCGACUUCAAGAUUCGAGGAUCUUUCCAGCGAUGUUUACUUUGAGUUCGCGAGGAGAUAUCCGGAAUUCAAAGAAGAUCCAGCAGGAAGGACUUCAGUUGGAUCUAAUUACGACGACUAUCCUGCCCCUGGAUUUCCUUCCACAACAACUCCUCGUGCUGCAAACACUUCUCGAACGUCUGGACGGGCUUCGGUUGAUCACCCGUCUGACAGUGGCUAUGGUGGCAGCGUGUCUAGUCGGCGACCAUCACGGGAUCGUCGCCAUCCUAGCGAGGAUCUCUAUGGCGGAAGGACGAACGAUGAUAAUUAUGCUUCAAGCAUAUUAUCCCGGCGAAAGGCGUCCCAGGACACAACUACCCGGAGAUCAGAGGAUAGGGAACGAGAACGAGAAUACAGUCGGCGGCCUAGUGCUGCUGCCAGUAUGAGCGGAAACAGUGACAGCACUGCUACUGCCGCCCAAAGUACUAUGACAACCAGUAGGAUGAUUAUCCCCAACACGAGUACAAUGGAAGAGGAGUAUAUAGAGGUUCCAUAUGGACGUGAUGCUCGCGAGAGUGGUAGUUCGAUCAACGAUGAGAGGGAUAGAAGUCGCGACACGCGCCAGACUCGCGGUUUUUCUCUAGGAUUCACAGAUGAUGAUCCUGAUAGCGCGAGUAACUACGCUAGCCCGAUGAGUCCCAACAGUCCUGCAGUCGGUCUCAGUGGAUUGAGCGCAAAGCUGAAGACUGAUGAACAUGAAGAUGGUCCAUCCACCAGAAGCGGUGACGACUUUUACAACAAGCCAUUAUUUUAUGGUCGAAAUUCCGCCAACUCAGACAGAUCCGUCAAUGCUUAUUCUAAUAGAAUGGGUGGUCGCGCCAGUGUCGUCGAAGAGAACGAGAAGAUGCGGCGGGAUUAUGAAUUCAGGAUCGCCACCAUGCAAACGCAGAUAUCAAAUUUGCAGCGAGACCUUGGUGACUCUCCGCAGACUCAAUUCAAACUAUCAGAAUCAGAAAUGAGGGUCCGUGUUUUACGGAGAGCAGAAGAACAAAAAUCGGCCAUGCGUGCCUUGCACAAGGAGCUUGAUGAUCUUCGAGAGAUACGACAGAGAGAAAAUGAGCGAGAGUCUCGGCGAGCUCGAGAAGAUGAAGAUGAACUUCAAAUUUUGCGAGAUAGAUUGGAGAGCCUCGAAGAAGAAAGAGCCAAUGGACAAGGCGGAGCGCUAAUGACUGCCAAAGACUCGGAUCUGGUGGUCAUACGAGAUCUGGACAAUCAGUUCAAAGAGUACAAGCGGAAGUACGAACAGGUUAAGACUGAGUUACGGAGUGUUAAAGCCAUAUCCCAGCUGUUUUUGCAAGCGCCGAAGAUAGACAAACUUGAAGACCAACUCCCUGUCAGUGUUGACGGUGGUAUUCUCGACAUUCAUGUCACUGCUUUCUUAUCCGCCGUUGAUGGAUUGUUGACUGCAGGCCGCUCAAACGCUCCCACAACGGUCCUCUCUCCCAUGAAAUUCGUUGUCAACGCUGUCACGAAUAUCAUCCAUGAUGUUCGGGCGUAUGAGAGAAGGCCAUCUCAGGCGAACGUUGACGUAGACACCCUCCAUAUGCUACGCGAACGAGCUGACGCUACUCUCAGCAACCUCGUCACUGCUUCCAAAACUUACGCCACUAGCUCGGGAAUGUCACCAGUUAGUUUAUUGGAUGCUGCAGCUAGUCAUGUAGCCGCCACUAUUACACAUAUUGGGAAAAUAAUUUUCAUCCGUAAGGCAACCGAAGCCGAGCAAGAACAGUUUGCCUCAUCAACGUAUUCCCCUGGUCCAUCAGCUACGAACGGAUUUACACCAAGCCUCCGAUCCGUCAAUGACAAGGAUCAUCAACGGAAGGGCAGUGCUGCAUCGUCUGCGUUUGGCAGUAGUUCGUGGUAUGAGAAUCCGUCGAUGUAUCCAUCAGGUCGUUUCUCUGAUGAACACGCUCGCCGAACUCCAUCUGAUAAUUCCAGCUUUGAAAAGACGAACUCCCCACCUCCGAUACUUGAUCAUCCACCCAAUACUGCUAGCACAGUUAGCGAUGGGGAUGGGACAGAGGAUAAUUGGGUCGAAGUAAAGCCAUAUUUAGAAACCCAAACCGAAACAAUAGUCUACGCCAUCCAGAGUGUCCUGUCCAGAGUGCGGAGUCCCACGCCUUCUCCGACACUCAACGAGAAUAUUACGCAGAUCAUAACGGUCGUGUUUAGUAUUGUCGCUGUCUGCAAAGAUAACUUCCCUCUUGCAUCUGCUCAGCAAGGGAACGAAAUCUUACAAGAACUCAGCGAACAUGCUAAUCAAAGUUGA